AUGGCUAGCAGUUUUUUGCUUCUGAACUGCACUUUCCCCGCGUUAGCGGGCUUGCUGGCUCACCAUAUGCUAUUCAGGAGAAGAGAAUGGCACAUGGAAGGGCGACGUUUACUCAAUAUCACAUUGGUUAUGUUUCCAGUGCUGGUCAUUUUCGAGAGCAGAGAGGCCUUCCGCAUGACCUCUUUUGCGCAUGCUUCUCUGAUAAUGUCCAGCUUCUUCCUAUCCCUCUUUUCGAGUAUGAUUAUCUAUCGUAUUUUUUUCCACAGGAUCCGUCAGUUUCCCGGUCCCUUUCUUGCCGGGGUGUCCAAGUUAUGGCAUUCCUAUCAGUGCCUCGGCGGGCAGAAUCACUUGUUACUUGACAAGCUCCACCAAGAAUAUGGUGAUUUUGUCCGCACAGGGCCCAAUGAGAUUACAGUCUUUCAUCCACAAGCACUAGCAAUACUUGAUGGCCCUAGGAGCCAGACAAGGAAGUCAGAUUGGUAUGACCUGUUGUUACCGUAUGAGGGAGUGACGACAAUUCGUGAGCGAGCUCUUCAUGAUCAACGGCGGCGAAUCUGGAAUAAGGCAUUUGCAGCUCCUGAGCUAGCACACUACCGGAGACAUAUUCUGAGCCUAGUCCUACAGUUCGACAGUCUUGUGGCGGUUGCUGCGGCUGAAGAACGUCCCGUGCCGUUCUCAACCUACGCCUACUGGUUUUCUUUCGACGCCAUGGGACUAUUUGCUCUGUCGCGUUCCUUUAAUAUGCUGAGGAACGAAGAAUGGCACUACAGCAUCUUGAUGAUGCGCCGUGCGAUGAAGCUUCUAGGUCCCUUGACACCAGUCCCCUGGUUGGCACAACUAGGCUUUUCCCUCCUUCGCAACUAUUGGGUAGUGAAAGACUGGCACACCAUGAUCGCUUGGUGCAGGCAGCGAAUGCAAGAAAGGACUCGGGUAUCGAAAUUUUCCUUUUCAUUAAAGGAGCCUGAUUCGCACGACAUUGCACAAUGGAUCAUUGAUGACGCCCGAAAGUGUAGCACUAUCUAUAAUGACGAGCGUACACUGACAGGCGAAGCCGUGGUGGCUAUCAUCGCCGGCAGUGACACUGUUGCUCCAACUUUGGUCUUCCUCUUUUAUGAGCUGGCUCUACAUCCGGAGAAGGCAGCCAAACUUUAUGAGGAACUCCGUAAAGAAGACAUAGCGGAUUUCAAAACUCUGCAACGGCUGCCCUACCUGAACGCCAUCAUCAAAGAGACCCUGCGGCUCCAUCCAGCCGUGCCAACCGGAGGGUAUCGCGAUACGCCAGCUGAUGGCAUCGUGAUUGAUGGAACCUUCAUUCCCGGAGAUACAACUUUGAUUGCUCCUCGUUACUCCCUCAGUCGAUUGGAAUCUUGUUAUGUUAAUGCCUCGAAAUGGAUCCCUGAGCGUUGGACCACACAAUCGGAGUUGAUCAAGGAUAAUAAGUCCUUUCUUCCAUUCGGACAAGGUCGCUACACAUGUUUGGGCAAGGAGCUAGCAAUGUCGGAAUUGCAGCUCGUCACUGCCUCUUUGAUUUCAAAUUACAGAUUGGCUUUCCCCGUUGGCUGGGACGAGUCUCGCAUCAAGAAGGUUGAAGACGAUUUGAGAGACCAGUUUACAGCUGCGCCUGGCCAGUUGGAGUUGUUAUUCAUCCGACGGUGA